AUGACUGGAAUCACCACAGGAAACAGAUCAAGCAGGAACCAGGAACCAAAUCCCAGCCGGAUGGAAGAAGCAAGACAUGAAGACAUGAAGACUGGAGGGCGUUCAAGAGUGCAGCCGCAGGGGGUUAUACACCAGAAGCCUAAAUUUUACCUAAAUUUUACAAAAAUACUUGACAGUUCCUUGGAACUGGCUUAUAAGGAUUAUGUUUACAGUAGUAACCAGUGCACACAUGCCUGCGGACACUACACACAGGUUGUCUGGGCGGACACUUACAAGGUCGGCUGUGCUGCACAAGCAUGUCCAAAAGGUGUGGCCGACACAAAGUUUUCAUCUAAUCCUGGAAUCAUAUUUGUGUGCAACUACGCUACAGCAGGAAAUUACCCCAAUGUGCAUCCGUACAGAAACGGGAAGUCAUGCAGCAAUUGCAACGAAGAUAAAUGUGAAAGCAACCUGUGUCGUAACUCAACGCGGGACGCCCUGAAGAGUUAUAACUGGAGGCCGGACUGGGACCCUGCGCUGUUCUACUGCGGUUCAUUCUGCAAAGCUCUUCUGGUUAUCAGACCUGUGUCCAUUCUGCUUAUAUUCCUCUCGGUUUUCUAUCUGCAGCAUUAUUACACAAACCUGUUUGUAUAUGAGUGAAAUGACUACAAUUAUAAAAAUAUCAUCUUUGGUCAAAGGGAUAGUUAGUCAAAUAAUGAAUAUUCUUGCAUUUUCUUGCCCUCAUGUCAUUGCAAACCAGUAUGACUUUCCCAAAGAUAUUGUGAACAAUGUUGAUAAUCAAACAACAUAAAUCCAAUUUGAUUUCCAUUAUAUGAACACAAAAUCACUGAGGCAUUUCGCAAAACAUCUUCUUUUGUGUUCCACUGAAGAAAGAGUCACUUACAAGUUUACAACCAGAUGCCUCUAAAGAAAUGACAAUUUUUUUUAUUUUGGGGUGUGCUAUCGCUUAAAAGAAAAGCCGGUUUGAUGCCAUUACAUUAAAGCGGUACCUCAACCCUUAAUCCAUAUUGACAGUGCUAUGAAAUUUCAGUCUAGCAUCCGUCAUCUCUCAAAUGCGCCUGAACAAGAGGCUAGUUUUUCUAGCAAAUGACAUCGAUUCGCCUUUUUGAAGCUUCAAAAAGUCAACAACCAUUCACUCCCAUUCUACCGCUUGGAAGUAAUAGGAAACGUUGUAUUAUAACUCAGACUGAAUUAUUCUUCAAGAAGAAAAAC